AUGGAAACUGAAGCCUCGCCUUUUAGCACGGAUGUUAUUCAACUGCUCGCACUUCUCGUACGAAGCACCACGGAAUCGGAAAUAAAAGUAGCGUUGCAAGGAAAUGGUGCCAUCAUGCGAUUUGCGAUCUCAAAUUACACACCCUCAACGCACCAAUCUAUAGAAAGCGAAAAGAAUUCAAUAGAUGGUACUGAUAAAAAAAUAGGAAAUAAUGAAAAUGAAUAUGGAGAGGUCGAUUUUAUAGCCAUAUGUAAACUCACAUCCGCAGAGGAGGAAAAAGAACGAGGACAGUCGUGUGUGGUGGCUAUCACGGAUCCAGUGUCACUCCUCCAGAAAUGGAAGGAAAAUUCUGGAAGUGUGACGAUGGCAGUCCAAGACUCUCUAGCAAAGAAAGAUGUAGGCACCGCCCACGACCCCGCGAUGAUAUUGUCAAGUUGUGUACUUGUUAGUAAGCGCCGAAGAAGCACUCAAACGAUUCCACUCCGAAUAGAAGAUCUUUAUAUCCAAUCCAUUGAUCCUCACCAUCCCUUGGAGGCCUUGCAAACGUGGCUUCUGCACAUCUAUGAACCGAUGUUUCGAUACCAAAAGCGCCAUCAAAUGCUGUGGAAUCAAAUUCAGGACUUACUGAGUGGAAUCCGCUCAAUGAAUUCUGUGCUGCCAGACGUCGUGAUUAAACGCUUUGUGCCGCAGGACUUGAUUGAACUUUGUGCAACCAAUCCUAGUCUUGACGUUCCGCAGCUAAUGGACCGCCUUGGGGUGCUCGCACGGGAUACAAGUUAUAUUCGUCAGGCCCUCGAGGUGAGAAACCGCUGCAAAUCUGUUCUCCCACUAACUGAUCUUCUUUCUGGAAAAUACGAGGGCAAUGACGAAACCAGCAUCGAGGAAAUUCGAAACGGAAAUAUAAUUUUCAAUGAAAAUGGGGAUGGUAGUAUGAAUGGUUGUCUGGUCCAGGAAAAAUUAGCUUACUGGCGUUAUGCUUGCCUGUGGAUCGAAGAUGUAUUGAAACAAUUGCAUACUCGCGAGUGGCGACUUCUCCACAGGCUCAUAGGUAAUCGUGUUGAGACAAAUUAUGUUCUGGAGUACGCAGAGUAUAGCAAAAAGGUACGAGAAUACAACAAGUAUCUUGAAAGCAUUCCUGAAAAGCGACUUUCUGAUGAAAACCUCAGACUUUCAGAGCUUUGCAAUAUCGCAGAGACCAUCUUCUCUGCCGUCAUGUCCCCAGAGAGCCGGUAUCCACCUAAACUAACGGAAAAGCUAUUGUACGGCAUUGUCAAUAAUAUAGCGACAUGUUGGGUGAGGUUGUUAGAAAAAGAAAAUAUCAUCGAUAUAGAAGAUAUUAGUAUGAUGUCUGUUACCACCGCAGCCUCAACAACACGAACGGGUGAACCCAAUUGGUCCAUGACAUCGGUUAAAGACGGUCGUGGCUACCGAGACCACGGUUCAUGUUCGACCUCCAUUCUAGUUCGCCCCGGGCCAGUGAGUUCUCUUCAGACGCUUUCCAUUGCAAUGGAGCUUAUCGUGAUGUUUCAAAAACUCUUUGUCGAGAGUGAUACUAAGCUUCAAAAUCAGAAGGGUGUUGUACUGGGUGCUCGACAGAAAAAAACCGAGCAUCCACGAUUGGCAGCGCUGUAUCGCCGCUGUCUCGAUGUUAGGACACUAAUGGAAUACAACUUUACGCUCUUAGCUCAAUUACGCCAUGUCUUUAUAGAUAACCUUCACCAACUUCGGCCUUCUGAGGAUAAGGGAACUGGCAGCGAAAACAAAGCUACCGAUGUCAGCUGUUCCAGUAGUGUCAAUCGCAACAUCGGUGAAGAAUUUCUGAAGGGCAUUAAUGCAGCCUACAGGCAGUUCGUUCAGGACAUCCUUUGCGAGAGUCCUGGCCCCAAAGUCACCGGCAAUAACGAUCCCGUUGUUUCAGGAGUCUUGUGGCGUGUUGCACCAUCUGCUCAGCAGCGCUUCGACACCGCUGUGAAGACUUAUCAGGCCUACAUUUCACAGUGUGAUGAACAAAUUGCUGAAAUUGUAUCAAACCUGCUUUCAACCGAGCAAUCUAUGAGUCUUCGUGUUACUUCAAACCAGAGUGGUGCACUACAAGGAAAUGGAACUGAGGGCGGUAGCCCUAGUGUGCGGCUUUUAGCCACAGCGGUGCCAACGGCUUCUUCUUCCCUUAAUUCGACAUCAGCGAAGUACUUUGGGCUUCACCUGUUUCGUAUAUUUGCCAAUUUCCGCUUCUUGAAGUUAGAAAAGGUACAAAAAGUGGUUCGUAGCUACGCUGCACCGCUGAACGAGAAGAUUGUGCACCAUUUUAAGUAUAUUCAAGAAGAGUACAUCAACGUCAAAAUUGCCAAGCGCGAGGCCGGGUUUGCCGUGGCCCGAUACCACCUCUCACCUCUUAUGGCGCAGAUCAUGUGGGAUCGACGCCUAGAUCACGCUUUGCACCAGUGCCUUGUGCACUAUGACUACCUCUUGAAUAAUGGUUGGCAUCAACUACUUAGUCUGCGCAAUAUUGAGCAUCUUUGGCGGCUAGAGGAGCCCCUAGCAGAAUGUUUUGGGCUACUUCUGACAGACCUAAUCACACCGCAGCUGCAGGAAGGUUCGGUUGUGCAUGGAAGCGCGUAUGCCUUGGGUUAUCUUCAACUAUUUCACGCACAAGAUCAAUUGGAGUGGUCAACAGAUCCACAUUUCGCAAAGGCUGAGCGGCUUGUACAGAGCACGGACCCGUCACUUUUGCAAAUAGCCAAAGACCGUUUACUUGCGGUGGGUGCUGGGUUUAAGAACCGUGACCGGCGAGGUGAAUUGCAGAACGCACGCAGCAUUUUAGUAACGAUUGAAAGACAGAUAGAGGCGAAGCUUCUUUCUUGGACUAAAAAAGUGUGUGAUUUGAUCAAUUCCUUCACCCUUAAUAAUAGAUCUCAUGCCCUCCAAGAUAAACUCUUCAGAGUUAUUGAGUUGCCUGUGGUGUCUUCAUCCCCUGUGUCUGAGAAUCAACCCGGGGCUAUUCCAAGUAAUGUGAUCUCUCCCACUCACAGCGUCAGUGCUUAUUCCACUCCUCAUGGCACACCAGACAAACAGGGCAUGACAACUCGCAAUAACCCUACGGGGCGAAUCUACCGAGCGCCUUCAGUAGCUCUUCUUCGCUCUCAAAACAUCAGCGCGGGGUUGUCGCCGCAGCUACGACUCGUCGUUGACUUUCCAUGGGAUACCCUAACAAUUGGUGAGGAUCUUUCUUACAUCGAAGGUAGUCUUCGGUUCUGUUCUGAUUCAUCAGCUGGGGCGUCUAUUCAAGCUAACUUAGCUCGCGUUCGCGAGUUUAUCAACGCCAAUGAGGUGCGCGGCCGACUGGCAAAAUGUCUGGCAGAAAUUCUUCAUGUUUACUAUGUUACGAUACAUGGCGAAGAUGAGACUAUCAUGAUGCUCGCUACAGAGUCGUACCGGGAGGUCAAUGAAUGCUUUCAACGUGGUUUCAUGCUGCGCUGGAUGGAUGACACGGCACUUUCUCACUAUGUCCAACAGCUUUCUGACCUUGUCUUUUCCUUUGUGCAGACUGUUCAGAGUGUGCGUGAGAAGACCGAAUUUGUGUCCCAGAGAAUUAAAGCUUUCAGUUCUCGCGCCUUCCAUCCUGAGGCGAUUGUCCAGCAGAUGCGUCAGGUUCGACACAUUCUUGACGCUCUUUCAAUGGGCUGUGACUACGCUCACAUGUGGAUUCACCGCAUACAACCACUGCUUGAUGCCGCACUAGGAAAGCAGGUUAAAUUCUUACUCCACUCUUGGUCGAUGGACUUCCGUUCAAUGCGCUACGACACACGUUUUCUUAGUCGCGACUCAGAAACAGGGGUCUUUCAUCUUAAACCACUACGCGUUCGUAUGUGGGUAGCUCACAGGGAAAUCAGAUUAGAGACACCCGCUGCAGCAUGGCGAUCCCACUGGAUCGCCGAACUUAACCGCUAUUUUACCUGGAUCAACGCUCUUCCAAAGCUUUACGAUGAUGCCGACAUGGGAAUUGAUUUGACUAUAAAGGCAUCGCCUUAUGCCCCAGAGAUUGCGUGGCUAGGACAAAGACGUGACACAGAUCGUGCGUAUUCACAUAUUAUUGAGCGUUUGCCGGCUUACAUUCUGGAGGAACCUCUUUCCAUGAUUGAGGAGUGCAUUGCAGAUGCUAUUGUAGUGGAAAAUGAAUGGCGACAGAGCCAACAGUUUCUUAACCUUGAUGUUGGAGUCAUGCAGUAUCGCUUUGGGGACAACCUUAAGCGGUGGAACGAGGCAAUUUUGCUUAUUCGGCGCUUCACACACGAAAUGAUGGACUAUACCCAGCCUAACAAACUCCUUGGAGGUAUCGUCAUCGUAGCUGAGGAUGCACAAUUAGAGCUAGGUCGCAAAAUCGACCAGGCCAAUCUCUACAUGUACAAUAAGUUUAGGGACGUUUUGGAGGUAGAGCUAAGUCGUACCUUCCAACGUAUUUCAAAAGAAAAAUCAAUGGCUGAGGCCCUCGAUGUCACGACUGACAUCAAAGAUGCUGCUCUUUUUCUCUGUGACGUCCAGCGUAUCAGAUGCGAAAUGGGAGAAUACAAAGACACAAUCGGGCUUAUGUCUGAAGCUGAGGCAAAUUUGAAGCGUCUUAGCUACGUCUUUCCUGACCACUGGGUUCAUGUAUCGACUGUCAAGAACGAGUACGACGCUCUUAAGGAUACGUUUGAGCGCCGGCUUAAGGCUCUGCAUUUCCGAAAGCCGUUCCUCAUGCAGUACGCCCAGGACGCCGCCAAAGAGAUAGAAGUGAGCAUGAAGAGUGUUGAAAACAUAUUCAGCUCCUUGGAAACUCAAACCGCCAACCGAACACCCAUUGCGGCACAGCAAAUCAUCACAAACUUGUUCGAUCAGGCAACACGUCUCAAUGAGGAAGCGAAGCGUGUGUCGGCAAUUCAGGAGGCGCUUGGGAUUAUUCCUGUCGAUGUGAGCAGUCUUACUCAGAUUUUCUUAGAAACCGAGCCCCUAAAGGAGCUGUGGGAUUCCGUUUCAGUAGACUUUGCCAAGCUUGACGCACUUGGGGCGGCUCCAUUUUUUGAGAUGGUGCCUCGCUGUUUGCAAGAGACCCUACAGAGUCUUGAAGCGAAAGUAGAGGACUAUCCACGGCGUUUUCACCACUACCAGGUGUAUCAGGACCUGUUGGGGAAGUUUAGAACUCUGUGUGGUUACCAUCGACUGAUGCAGGAUCUGCGCUCUGACUCAAUGUGCCCGCUAGAGCGCGCGUAUCGCCACUGGUUCUCACUCAAACAGAAGCUCCAGGUGCAGUGGGUGCUCGACAACCUCCUGGUACGCGAUAUUUGGGAUAGCAACCCCGAACUCAACGCGAUGGUAUACCACGAAGUGUUGGAAACUUCUCAGGGCGAACGCCGCAUCGAGGUUCAGCUGCACCAAAUUGAGGCUUACUGGUACGACUUUCACUUUAGCAUUACGCCAUACAAGACGCAGGUGGGCUUGGUGCGAGGGUGGGAUGCAUUAUUUGAGAAACUUAUGGAUGAUAUUGCUACCUUUAGUGGGAUGCGUGCCAGCCCUUAUUUUUCUUCGCAGGAGAUUAUUGCCAUGACAAACGAAUUGGAAGGCCGCCUCAACCGGCUGCGUGAGGUACUUGAAACGCUUCUUGAAGUACAAAAGCGGUGGGUUUAUUUGGAUGGUAUCUUUACUGAAAAUGUUGAAAUAAAGCACCAAAUUCCGCGUGACGCGAUGCAGUUUGAACACACAAGCCGUGAGGUAAAGCAAGUCUUCCCGCGAAUUCGAGCGGACGGUGCGCCCACAAAUGUCAAGGUUGAUUUUUUCUUGGAUGAUAAGAAGCUUUUAUCUACUUUAGAACGUCUCUUAGGCCAGCUGACAGCCGUGCAACGUUCACUAACGAUCUAUCUGGACGCACAGCGAAACCGCUUUCCGCGUUUCUUUUUUCUGGGUGAUGAUGACCUUUUAGAGAUCCUUGGCAACAGCAAAGAUCCCUGCUUCCUCAGUAAACAUCUCCGCAAGAUGUUUACGGCGGUCGCGAGCUUUUUGUUAGAAGGCCUAAACGUUGCCUCUUCCGAGACUCUUCGUGGUUUCGCGAGCCUUGAGGGGGAGGAAGUGUUCUUCAACUCUCCGAUUGAGUUUAAAAUGAGGCCCAUAUGUGACUGGCUUAAUGACGCGCAGGAUGGGAUGGUGACCGCGCUACGGGUCAACACCGCACAUGCCACCACGCAGCUCCUACAACAAGGCGCGAUAACUCUGGAGUGGCUUGCCCAAUUUCCUACACAAACGGUCGCGUUGGCUGUGCAGCUGUGGUGGGUGCAUAUGCAAGAGGAACUUUUCACCAGCCACAACGCGGUGGCAACCCCGCGACCGACCACACUUGUAGAAGGCACCAUAUUCUCCCCUGUGGCUGAGGUGAUGAAUAAGGUCCUAGCGGUCAUAUCUGAUCUCAUGCUGAACGCUAGUCAUGUUCAAUCGAUGCGGUAUAAAUGCGAACAAGUCAUCACGCUUGGCGUGUACCAGCGUGAUGUCUCCCGUACAUUGGUGUUGAAAAAUGUCAUUUCCUCAAACGACUUUGAGUGGUUGCGUAUUUUACGACCGUAUUUAGUCACCACCGAUCGUCAUCGCUCGCUUCCUAAAGCAGAGAAGCAGGAUGUAGAAUGUCGGAUGGCAAAUGCAGCGUUCUUACAUGGUUUUGAGUACACAGGCAUAUAUGAGAGGCUAGUUCAAACCCUGCUGACGGAUAAGUGCUACCUAACGCUAAUGCAGGCUUUGCAUUUGCGACUGGGAGGCUCUCCUGUGGGACCCGCUGGUACAGGUAAAACUGAAACCGUCAAAGCACUUGGCAUGCAGCUCGGUCGUCACGUCUUGGUUUUUAACUGCGACGAUACGUUUGACUUUCAGGUAGUCAGCCGCAUAUUUCUUGGUCUAUGUCAGGUUGGUGCAUGGGGUUGCUUCGAUGAGUUUAACAGGCUGGAAGAGCGCAUCAUAUCUGCCCUCUCGCAACAGGUCCAAGUCAUUCAGGAAUCUCUCCGCGCACGAUCAAAAGAAAUAGAAUUAAAUAACUACCACAUCCCUUUGCACCAAAAUGUCGGUAUAUUCAUUACGAUGAAUCCAAGCUAUGCAGGACGUUCGAAUCUGCCAGGAAAUUUAAAGCAACUUUUUCUUAACAUCACCAUGAUUGUACCCGACCGUGAAACCAUUGCUGAGGUGAUGCUCUUUGCACAGGGUUUUCACUUUGCAGAGAAGCUUUCAGCAAAGGUUGUGCCGCUGUUCCGGCUCUUCGGAGAUCAAUUUUCACGGCAAGACCACUACGAUUUCGGACUCCGUGCUCUUAAAUCCGUUCUGGUAGCCGCAGGGGACCGUAAGCGUGCCACCGCAUCCGCUCCAUCCCAAGCGGUAACACUUGAAUUAUGCGAAUUCUCCUCCACGCGGGAAAAAACGGAAGAGGAACGUGAGUGCGCGCUGAUUCUCGAGAGUAUUAUCGCCAGUAUAGCUCCCAGACUUGUGACGGACGACGUGGCGUUGUUUUAUCCCCUUCUGCGAGACUUUUUCCCAGAUUCUGAGCUUCCAGAGCUGCCAAUGCUCGAACUCCGUUCCACGAUCCUGGAGGUCUGUAGAGUAAGUGGUUUAACCCCAGAACCGGAGUGGGUCGAAAAGAUCUGCCAACUGUACCACACUAAGGAUACUCGGCAUGGUAUCAUGAUGGUCGGCCCGUGCGGUUCGGGCAAAACUAUGGCCUGGAAAACGCUGAUGGCUGCCAUGGCCCGCAUUAACCGGUCGCUAGAAGUGCAAGCUUAUGUAAUCGAUCCCAGGGUGCUAACGAAGUCUGAGCUCUUUGGCAGUCUUGACGUCACGACGCGGGAGUGGAAAGACGGGGUGUUCACAAGCAUCUUUCGAAAAAUUCUUGAAGUGGAGCAGCAGAUGGCGGAUCGGAAAACCCAGGCCAGCACGGUGACAGCCAAGGUUGAUCCCAAGGAGAUUACCACUGAGAACAUGACAGAGGCUUCCGUCAAGGAGUACUGGGUCAUUUUUGAUGGCGACGUGGACCCGGAAUGGGUUGAGAACCUCAACUCGGUGCUGGAUGACAACAAGGUUCUGACACUGCCUAACUGUGAACGUUUGCCUCUCCCGUCGUCGAUGCGAAUUAUGUUUGAAACGCAGAGCCUUCGCUAUGCAACACCAGCGACGGUAUCGCGGUGCGGCAUGGUGUGGCUUGAAGGCGUCAUCUCGCUACCAAGUGUGCUGGACUUUGCACGACAUCAGCUGGAGCGCAAACCCGUUGUAGACUCUCGUGGUUGCCGUGUGCGGUGGAACUUGGCAGAGGACAUGGUUGGUGUAGCAACAAAGAAUUCUAAACGAACUGCUAUCGAUGCUAUCGUGCUAGGUCACCGCAGCAAGACGUUCUCGGCACAUAUCAUAUCAUGCCCGAUUACCGCAAAAGGCAAAAUUAUGCCUGGUAAGAAAAACCUCGUCCUUCUGCAAGAAGGAUCGGCAAGUGCAAUCAGCUCGGAACAAACCGGCGCGGCAUCAAUAGGGGAUCGCUUAAAUAAAAGUCAGGUCUCUGAUAUACUACAUUCCACACAGAACGAGUUGCAGAUGUCUGUGUGCCGAAAUACACACCCUUCUUGCGAACGUAUCAAGCAAGCUAUGAUGAAAAUUUGGUCUGCAGGCUUUGAGGCAGACGGGUUUAUCCACAAGGGCCUAAUGCUAGUUCUUGGCAACCCUGAACUCAGAGAUGCUAACAUCAUGCAGCCCAACGCACUGCAGAUGAUUGAAAGUAUCGCAGCAUUGCUCCUCGAUGGGGUUUGGCGAAUGUUUAGUGCGGAGCAAAAGGGUGAAACAGUAAUCACAGAGUUACUGCUCACGAAGAGUGCAAACCAUAUACUCGAGUACGCGGUAUUCUGGUCCUUAGGUGCUUCCAUGGAUUAUGCCCAUCGAAGUAAAUUAGCAAUGCAUCUGGGUCUUACACCAUACUUAGAUGGCCAGGUACGAGAUAUCUCGGACGUCGAGGUAAACUACCUUAAUGGUGAAUGGAAAGCAGUCCAAGAUCGCAUUGGGCAAGUCGAAAUUAUAGCUGGGCAAGUUGGCACUAGCGACACUGUCAUUCCCACUGUUGACACAUAUCGGCAUGAGAACUUGCUUCUUGCAUGGCUGAACACCGGGCGCUCAGCCAUCCUAUGUGGGCCCCCAGGUUCAGGUAAGACCAUGACUAUCACAUCCCUGCUCAACAGUUCUCCUGAAUAUGAUGCGGUAUUUCUUAAUUUUUCAAGCGGCACCACUGUGAAGACACUCAUCAAGUCUAUGGAGCAGCACUGUCGCGUGCAAAACACUUCAAAGGGCUUCAUCAUGACACCCGCCUCGGGCAAAAGACUGCUACUUUUUUCUGAUGAGAUUAAUCUCCCAGAGCUUAAUCAGUACGGAACUCAUGAAGUCUCGCAGUUGCUUCGCCAAAUCAUUGAGCGCGGUGGUUUUUAUCGCCCGAGUGAUAAUGUGUGGAUCACGACGGAGGAUAUUCAAAUUGUGGGUGCCUGCAAUCCCCCAACAGAUCCGGGGCGUGUUGCGUUAUCACCACGCCUCUUACGCUGGGUACCGGUCUUAUUUGUGGGUAUCUCUACACCGCAUUCAUUGUUGAAUAUCUAUGGGACGUACUGUCGUGCAAUUCUCAGAGUUGCUAAGAAACUGCAGGGUGAGUGUGCCAUGCACCUGGCUCGCGCAAUAGUCAACAUGUACGACCGCUCUAAAAAGCGAUUUACAACACUUCAACAGCCACACUACGUGUAUUCCCCGCGUGAACUGUCUCGGUGGGUACGUGCCAUCUACGAAGGGUUUAUCACCUGGGAGGAGGAGAGUCGAAGGAACAUGACGACGGAAAAGCUGGUUCGUUUGGCCAUCCAUGAAGGUCUCCGCGUCUUUUCAGAUCGUUUGGUCACCGAAGAUGAUUGUAUCUGGACUAAUACUACGAUAAAUGAGUGCUUUAUGGAGGAAUUUCCUGGUCUAGACGUCUCAGUUUACCAGCGUCCAAUUCUUUACUCAACGUUGCUUUCUCAUGUCUACUCGGAGAGCUCCCGAGAGGAUCUUCGCGCUUUCUUCCGCAAAAAAAUGACCGUGUUUUGUGAAGAGGAAAUGUCAACACCGCUAGUUGUGCUUGAUACAGUAAUUGACCACAUCGUGCGCAUUGACCGAGUGCUGAGGCAGCCUCUUGGUCACGUUCUGCUUGCUGGUUCCUCUGGUGUCGGCAAGACGGUUAUCUCACGUUUCGUUGCGUGGCUCGGCGGCUACUCGGCUUUUUGGCUCAAGGUCCAUCGAAACUAUGAUCUUGAGGACUUUGAAGAGGAUCUGCGUGGAUUGUUGUACCGUGCCGGGUGCAAACGAGAGCGCAUAUGUUUUAUUUUUGAUGAGUCAAACAUCAUGCAGCCCAGCUUUCUGGAAUACAUGAACGCGCUUCUGGCAUCUGGUGAAAUACCUGGCUUAUUCGAAGGGGAUGAAUGGCUCAAGCUUAUGCAAUGCAUUCGCGAGGCGACUUCGACAACUAGCCAAGUUCAUCAUCAUGGAAAUUCAGGAAAGGGGGCCGCGGCCUCUGGGACAGACGCUGCCGUGACCGCUGCCAACUACAUUGACCCCAAAAACGAGCAAGACUUGUACCGGUGGUUUCUUAGUAACGUCAAGGAGCAGCUUCACAUAGUCUUUACUCUCAACCCCUCCUCAAAUGCAUUUUCUUCGCGUGCUAUGGCCAGCCCCGCGCUUUUCAAUCGGUGUACGAUAGAUUGGUUUUGUGAUUGGGAUGCGCUCACUUUCAGACAGAUUGCACAUGAAUUUAUUCAGAACAUGACAAUGUUGCCUACCUAUGGAGGUGGUAUAGAUAUGAAAGUCUUCUCGGAUGAGGAUGGCAUUCACCAAGCAGUUGUGCAAGCUUUUUGCGACAUUCAUCACCAGACGCAAGAGGUCAACACAGUCCUAAAAUCAUAUCAAGAAAACCAGGGCACCUUCAUCACACCACGCCACUUCACUCGCAUGAUUUCCAGUUUUGUGAAACUUCUUGGUGAGAAGCAAAACGCUUCAUCAGAGCAACUGCAACAUCUUACCGGUGGUCUUAAGAAGCUAAAUGAAACAUCUGAUGAUGUUUCUGCACAGCAACAAGAGUUGCUCGAAAAUGAAAAGCGAAUGGAAGAAAGCAGCAAAGCAGCCCAGGCCAUGCUUGAGCGCAUUAUCACUGAAACAGACGUGACUCAAAGGGAGAAGGCCGCUGCCGAACAGAUGCGAAAGCAGCUACAAGAAGAGCAGGUGAAUAUCGAUCAAGCUGCGAUGAAGAUGGACCUUGAUCUUAAAAAAGCGGAGCCAGCUCUUAAGGGAGCAGAGGCAGCCCUGAAAACUGUUAAGACGGAGCACCUUCGAGAGAUUCGUGCUUACACAACACCACCACCGAAGGUCAAACGCACUUUGGAAGCAGUCUGCGCCUUGAUGAAUCUCAGUAAUAGUGAUGAUUGGGACGUCAUAAAGGCCUACGUCCGUCGCGAAGAUUUCUUGUCGAGCGUCAUGUCGUUCCAGUCAGAACGCAUUACUGACGCCGCGCGCAACCGUGUUUCAGCCUUGACGAAUGACAGCAAGUUUACAGUUGAAGCUGCGUACCAUGCCUCGAAGGCAGCUGGGCCACUUUUGCAGUGGGUCUUUGCCCAAAUUCAGUACUUUGAAGCGCUUAAGCGUGUGGCACCCAUUCACAACGAAAUAUCAAAGCUUGUCGCGGAGCGAAGUACCAAAGUCACUGCUCUAGAACGAAUCGAGGUCGAAAUUGGGGAAAAGGAGGCUUUGUUGCUACAGCUAAAGGAUGGCUACCGAAAUACAACACAAGAGAUUGCGGAACUUAAGAAGAGUAUUUCGGUCGUUUCAGCGAAGUGUGAACGAGCCAAGACCAUUCUUGGGCAACUUCUUGAGGAACGUAGUCGGUGGGAACAAGAAGUAUCUAAUUUUGGCCGGGCAGCUUGCACCACUCUCGGCGAUUGCAUCAUUUCGUCUGCGUUUCUCGUUUAUAUUGGAUUUUUCGCUGAAUCCGUGCGCCGGCAGAUUUUGCUACCGCGUUGGAUGGAGGAAGUGGAAACUGCAAAUGCCAUCCCUGUUCAAGCACACCUGAGUGUAACGGAUUACCUUCUUUCCCCUGUGGAACGCCUGCAGUGGGAGGAAAAUGGUUUAUCCAAAGAUCUCCUCUGCGUAGAGAACGUGGUUAUCAUGGAACGUUCCCAGCACCACUAUCCACUCAUUAUUGAUCCAGCAAGCUCAAUUAUCCCGUUCCUAAAGAAGUAUUACUCGAAGCAAAAGAUCACUAACGCCAGCUUUGGCCGGCCUGGGUAUCUGAAGCAGUUGGAGAUGGCCAUGAGGUUUGGCUACCCAAUCAUCCUGGAGGACGCCGAGCUGCUCGACCCAGCGGUGUCGCCACUGCUGAAUCUGGAGUUUCGACAUCUGGGCGGGCGCGUCCUCACGCGGCUCGGGUCGCAGGAUGUGGACCUGGCCCCAACCUUCCAGCUUUUCCUCCUCACACGCGAUCUGGACUUCCAAACCAAGGUGAGCCUCGCGGGUCAGGUCACCAUGAUCAACUUCACGGUGACCCCUUCGCUGCUGCAGUCGCAGUGCCUUCACCAGAUCCUCCUGCACGAGAGGCCCGAUAUCGACGCCAAGCGCACGGAGCUACUAAACCUUCAAGGUUCUUACACUCUCAAACUUCGGGUUCUGGAGCAGAAGCUUCUCAUCUCAAUCGCAGAGUCACAGGGUAGUCUUCUCGAGAAUGACGCCUUGAUUGAAUCCUUAGCUCGACUAAAGCACGAAGCAGUGGUCAUUAAAGACGGUCUUGAAGAGAGGGAGUCGGCUUUUGCGUGUAUGGAACGCGUAGAAGCUCGUUAUUGCCCAGUUGCAGCGGUUACAUCGCAUAUCUUCUUUGCACUCAAACGGUUCAACGAACUUAGCCACUUUUAUCGGUACAACGAACGUUUCCUUUUUCGUGUGGUCAAUGAUUCGCUUGAGGCAUUGCCAAAGAAAUUGAACACCUCUGAGAUUACCUGUGCUGAGGAUUUUAAGUCUAACACGAUAGAUGCUCAACGAGACAAGAUAGACUUACCACCUAAUGCUGAGACGGAGGAAGAGCGCGCCCGUAUUGCCAUGCUUACGAGAAAUAUUUUUACGCUUGUCCACCGCCGCGUUGUGCGGGGAAUGUUUCAAGAGGAUCAUCUUGUACUGGCCUUACGAUUGGCCAAAAUUUGGAGCUCCAUGCAGUCUGGUGUGGAUAGUAAUUUCGGUGCCGGCAAAUCGUUGCCCCAGGCGUUACCUUUUCGAGCCACGCAGUCGGCGUGUGAUCCGUCUCCUUCCCUAUUCAUCGGUAUCACUAGCUUAGAAUGGGAUUGGCUUCUGGAAGGUCUUAAAGGGGUGUCACAUGCCACCGAACCAGGAUUGCCAUUAUCUUCGACAGAAGCGACGACAUCUUUGCCGAGUGUGUUGAUGCAGAACGGGGUACUCGAGCCUGGAUUGCAAAAUCAAGUCGCACUGCACCAAUUGCUUGAGAAGGAAGCCUUUAAAGAGAUUCGAAAGUCAAUGGAAAGUCAUUCUCCGGUCUGGGAAAUUUUUUUCAACUCCCACGACCCGAUCGACAAACUUGACCAGCUUCCCGAGGUAUGCUUUCCCAGUGGCGUCACACUGGUUCGAAAACUGUUUCUGGUUACGCUUCUCCUAUUGUAUGCCCGGCGGGACCACUUUUUGUCCGCUUCCUACAAACUUCUCCGUGCGUUUUUCGAGGAUGAUAAUGGCGACUGCUCUGUGGGCAGUUUCUUUUCGCAUAUAACGCAUAGCAUUCCUGAAGUCCUACCUGAGCUUUCGUUUUCUAUACCGCUUGUCUUAAUCACAGAUGCCAGCUAUGACCCCUCCGCCAGAGUAGAACAAGCUGCCCAUGAUACAGGUAUACCGCUACAUGUGGUGGCUAUGGGUAGCGCUGAAAGCACGGUAUGCGCUGAUCACUACCUCGAGAAUGGUUCCAAGACGGGUUGUUGGGUACUCCUUAAAAACAUGCACCUUGCACGCACCUACUUGGAUUCAGUGGAACGAUAUUUACAUCACCAAGAAUCUGCAGUCACUGUGCACACGAACUUCCGUUUAUUUUUGACCAUCGAGCGCGGUCCACGCGAAGCCGAGCGACCUAGAGCCGGAAUAGCUGUAUCAACACACACUGAUGAAAAGCGAAAGCAAACCGGCACGAUCUCUGUCAGCUUCUUGGAAAAGGCCGUUACAAUGGUAUACGAGGCACCGCCAGGGAUUAAAUCGGCGCUAUUGCAGACCUAUGGUACACUUGGAAGCACGUCAGCGUCUGAGAGUAUAACAACAACAACAACAAAAGCCGCUAGUGGAACCAUCUCGGAUGCGGCGCGCGCGCUUCAGGGCACACGAAUUGAACGUUUGUACUUAGCCGCAGCAUGGCUACAUGCGGUCAUCGUGGAGCGUAUUUCCUACAUUCCUCUGGGUUGGAGCCAUGCUUAUGAAUACAGCGACACGGACUAUCUGCGCGUUGUGCACGCCAUCACGGAGUGGUCCAAGCUGAAGGAGUCCAUUGAAGCAAGUGAUUCCGCUGAGCCGGCGUACCCAGUUGUAUUUUGGAAUGCCCUACGCCGUAUCGUGGCAACCAUAGUGUAUGGUGGUCGAAUAUGCAACCCCUUUGAUGAGCAUGUCCUCAACAUUUUAUGUAACCGUGUGCUGGACUCCAGUGUAUUUGAUAAGAAUCACUGCUUUGUGCAUCUGUCGGACGGUCUGGACAAAGUUCAGAACAUCUCAUUGCUCCCGCCGUUAGAUGCAGAGACGUGGACACGGGAAGAUUUGCUUAGAUGGAUCGAAUCCUUACCUGAAGGCAAUGGUAAUCCACAGUGGUUAGGUCUGCCCAAUGGGGUAGCUCGUAUGGCCUCCUCUCGUUCUGCCCUGGAAACGAUACAACGAUUAGUUACCGUGCAGACAGCACUCCGUGAGGAUAUUCAGACCACUUCCCCGGCUCCGGUCUCUCAUCCUGCACUUUCCGCAUCCCAGCAGUUUGUAAAGGGUAAUGCGAAAAAGAAAAGCAGACACGGCGCCCCAGCACAGGCAACUCAACGCUUUCUUAUGUUGUCUGCGGGUUCUGUCGCCGGAACAGAUUGGCAAAGCAAACUGCGAGGAUUCUGCGAGGCUUGGCAUCCUGUCCUACGCAAAGAACUGGAAAAGCUAGGGCAACACAGUUUUGUCAUCAACGCUUUGAAGUCGGCAGACGCGACGCAAUGCGGAGAGCGGUGUCUGAUGCGGCCUGAGGAGGGCACGGCGCGCAUGUGGAACGUUAGGCCAAAGUCUUCCUCGGCACCCUCUUCAAUUACCGGAACGUCACCGCUCGUGCUGGCUGUGCAGCGCGAGGCUGUGGCUUUGCUUACACUACUUCGCCUUGUUGAAGUAGACUUGUGUGAAUUAAUCAAGGUAUGUUCGGGCGAAUAUGCACCUAACUCGGCGUAUCAUAGUCUGGUUGAGGAAAUUUUAAAGGACCGUGUGCCCUCAACAUGGUCCAUUCACGUUCCCAUCACCAAAUCAAUUCUCUUGGUCUCUCCAUGGAUCACCGAUCUACAGUCGCGAGCUCAACAUCUACUCGCUCUUGUUGUAGCAACUACUGAAAACAAACUCCACCAGAUGCCUAUAUCAUUGGGUUUACUUUUCUCUCCAGAUGCUUUUUUGAUGGCAUCCAAGCAGCAGAGUGCGCGGGAAAUUAAAUGCCCAUUGGAGCAGCUUCAUUCGGAAGUAGAAUUCAUGGCAGAUACAACUUCAUCUACGAACGUAAUUUCCAAAGCUAAGGGUGUAGAAAAUGGUGCACUAUACUUCACUGGGGUGACACUCUUCUCUGCCUUCAUUAAUGAGCAAGGCCUGGGCGAGUCCAUCGCACCCUUAGCGAUGAUGCCACUACUUAGUUCAGUGGUAUUGCGGUGGACAUGGGCGCCAAAAAAUCACCUUAGCGUUCACCAAUCCGUGGGAGCCUCACUAGCCAUGCAUCUCGCUUCGCAGCAGCCCCUUCUAAGCCAUGUAAUGAUCCCGCUCUACGCAACGCACCAGCGCAGUGAAAUACUGGAGGUGGUGAAUUUGCCAAUUGUACCCAACAGCGAUCUAAAUAAGUGGUAUGAAAGUGGGGUGUGUUUGACGGCGUGGAAACCGAAUGAAUAG